GGGAAAAUCUGUGGUGAUGCUUUUUACUGGUUUCUCUGGUCAGGCAGUGGGAGGAAGAUUUUCUCAGCUUAUUAUUUAGCUUUCUGAGUGUUUUGCAUCUUUGUGACUCUAACCUGCAAAAACAAGAAGACUUGAUCCGGAUCUUAAGGAGUCACCCAGGAGGUCAUGCCAGGCAGCCCAGAGAACAUCCCCCUGGGAGAGUGUACACUUUCCCAGUCCCAGGAUCAGCUGACACCCCCGAGCCAUGCAGCGAGCACAGUUUUCACUCUGUCGAGAAGCGAGUCCCUCUGGACCACGGACCCCCCACAGAAAACAUGUGAAGUCUUCUGGUUCCCCAUUCACUUCAUGUCCACCGGGGGAAGCUUCCUGGCCUGUGGCAUCAUCAUCAGCGGCCUGUACUUUGCCGGCCAGUGCAAGAAGGUCACCAACAUCCUGGGACCGGCCCUGCUCUCCAUAGGCUUGAUGAUUUUCGUGGUGGGAAUGGUCCUUAUCCCAAUCACCAAGGAGAACAAAAAGCAGUCGAACAUGAAGAGGCCCCUCAGUUAUUACAAUCCUCCAGUCUUUAAUGUGUGAUGCCAUGAGUGAUUUCCCAGGAAACUUCCGUGUUUGGGAAAACAACUUUCAGCAUGGGAUUAUAUCCAGAAACAAUGUAUGAUGUAACUCAACGUGGAGACAUUUCUGUUUGCUUCCUGGGUCAACAGGACUGACCUUGCUAUCUUGAGUAUGCAUGACUACAUCUGCAUCAGCUGUUGAAAAAAACAUGAGCGCCAGUAGACAAUAAUGUGAAGUUUAAAAUGCAAUUAUUCACACAUUUACUAACAUUUUAGCUCAGAUGACAGUGAGCAAAGAGACUUUUUUAAAUAUUUAUGCAAGGAAGAAUUACACAAGCAAAGUUUUCUAAAGUUGUACUGAACCUGCUGACUCAUGAAUAAUUAAACUGUUUCAUAAUUA